AUGAGACGAAAGUUCGAUGACACUGGACAAUUAUCGAAAUGUUUAGUGCUCCUCUCCCUUUUCGGCUCUCUUCGAACCGUCGAGAACAUUAUACUCACCGGAGCGCCGGACUCUUAUGCAAGGUUUGAGCGAUUGAUUGUUCGAAUAGACGUACAGUUUCAAGAUUGUAGAUAUCCAAAAUGGGCGCACUCGUUCGAGAACUCGCUCUCGAUGGAAUUGAAGACACGGCAAUCCGAUGGAAUGCUGCUGUACACGGACGACGGAGGCACGCACGGAAACUUUUACUCGCUCACCAUCGUCGAAGGACACAUUCAGCUAGAUUUCAGGUAAUGUUAGAAACAUUAAUCAAAAGAUGAAUUUGUGCUCUAUAACUUUGUAAUUGACUGUUUUUUUUCCGUGAUUAUGCUCCUGUACCCAGAUAUUCGUGUUUGAAUGAAACGUACGCAGUAAUACAAGAAUAUUUCGGUGCAGAAAGAUGAUUAUGAAAAACUGUCAAUUAGAAAGUUAUAGAGUACAAGUUCAUCUUUCGAUUCGUUUUUGAACUUUUAAAAAAUCUCAAAAACUGACCGAGAAAAACUACUUUUCGUUUCUGCUUGCAGGUUAGGUGACAAUUCGAACGAAUUCGGGCAGCGACGUCCGGUGAACACGAUUCGGAUAGAGGAGGUACUGUACUUUCCCUUUUUAUUUUUAUCCCCAACCACUAUAAAUCUGAAUUGCGGAUCUUUGAACACUCGCUCCCGCCGCCGCAUCUCAAACCCAUAUAUUUUAUACUUUAAGUGAGCUCCGAGAGCAGUUCCCAAGGGUGUAGAACAUGAGAAGAAAGAAGAAGACGGAAGAGGAAGUGUUGCAUUUGUCAGAAAAGGAACAGUUUCAGGUUCGGAUCGACGACGACAAGUGGCACACGUUGACGAUAUUCCAGUCGUGGGAGAAUGUGAAGCUCGAGUUGGACUACACGCUCGUCUUCAAGAUUCUGAAUCAGAGGAGCUUCGUGUUCGGGAACAUUCUCAAGAAUUCCGAUGUUUUCAUCGGAGGCCUACCGCCUGUAAGCCACAAAUACAGUACUAAAAUAGAAAAUUUGCCUCAGAACAUGCACAUGCUGCCGGUGAUGAGCUCUCCGCUCCGUCGCUACGCCCGUCAUCUGGCAGUGAAUGUCCGGAAUCUAAUGUACCGACAAUAUCCGCAAGGUACGUCGUCAGAUCUUUUCAGUACACUUCUUCCCGGUUCCUUCUUCUUAAGACUCGGCCAAGUUGAGCGAGAUAAUGAGAUCGUUGAAGAGUAAGAAAAUGCGGAAUUAGUUAUUAUAUGAAUAUGUAUUUAUUUACACGUGACCCUUCACUCUGUGUGUACUGAUUCCUCACAGCGACUUCCUUAGAAGUGUGUGCUCUGAAUGUAGAUUCGUUGUGCCAGGGAUUGAAAUGGGAACAAAACAAGAAGAAGACGUCGCUUGUUUUUUUUUUCAGGCGUCACAUCCCCCCAACUGCUGGAGUCGGUCGGCACACGCACCAAUGAAGACGAUCAUUGCAAAUCGAAAUCUGUUCGCCUUCUUUUCUUUUCCGUUCUUUUCAUAAAAGACCUCUUCCAGAUGUCUUCACGCGAACAAUUCGGAUGUCUGAACGAGGGAGAAUGCUAUUCGGCCAACGACGGACCGCACUGCGACUGCCAGUUCUCUGAUCAUGACGGAAGGAAUUGUGAGAUUGGUGGGGAAGUUUUGAAAAAAGGAUUGGAAUGUUUGAAACGAGUGGCGUUGCAGAGAAGAGCGACGGGGAGCUGACGUUUGGCGGCGACGAGUGGGUCGGCUACGACGUGUCGAUGAAUGUGUCGGCGGCGGUGCGGGCCAAGAAGGAGAAUCUGACGCUGACAUUCAAGACGGUGCACGGAACUUCGAUGCUGUUCUUUGCGGGAGACGAGAAGAGCUUCCUCCACCUGAUGCUGCAAGACGGCGCCCUCAUCUCCACGUCGAAGUUCGACGGCUCCGACGCUCGCAUCAUCCGCAUGUUCAACUCGUUUCCAUCGCAGCGAUACGACGAUGACUCGUGGCAUACCGUAGUCCUCGAGAGGUCUCUUCAGAUGGUAAGUCCCCUGCCCCUAAAUUCUCCCCCCGGCCCACGUCAUCACAUCACAAUUAGUUCUCCCCAUUCAUUUAGCAUUCCGAGGAAAUGGUGGCAAUCCAUGUAAGUUUGUGUGUGAAAGCGGAGAGAAUUUGAAAAGAAAAACGAAAAAGCACGAGCUUAUCCCACCAGACGGUUUGCAGUUUGCAGUUUGCAGUUCUGCCCAACCGCUUUCCCAUUCAGUUCCUCUUCCACCUUCUUCCGCCAUUCUUCCAUUCGGUUCUCACCCGCAUGUUUAUGCCUUAUUCUUCUUUCCAAUCAAACAACUCAUUUCCUGGCCGCCACCGCAAUUUCCAGUUUGCAGUUGCAGUUCCAACAAUCUCUCCCUAUGUUCAAUCCAUUCUCACCUUCUUCUUUCCCCCUUCCUCUGUUGUGAAGAGGGUGUUCGCAGAGAGAUUCUUGGCUUCUGUCAAAACCAGAAAUCGAAAGACAGUUUCCUGAUCUUUUAAAGAGAGUUAAAGACUUUAACAUUCUAGUUUCUCGGUUUCAUGAUCAUGUUCCCGCACCGAGAUAUUCUUGCGUUACUGAAACAAGUACUGGAUGUUAAAACGCGAUUAUCUGGGCACAGAAGCAUGAUCGUAAAAAACGGAAAAUUACAAAGUUGUUGAGCAUCACUUUAUCUCUCGAUUCGUUUUUAACAUUAAGAAAAUCUCUGCGAACAUCUCUCUGACGCACCUCUCUUCUCUUACUUAACAUCUUCUCACUUCAGAUGACACUGACAGUGGACGGUCGACGUGACGAGAUCAGGCAGUACGCGCCGGAGCUCGAUUGGAUCUCCAACUCGUUCGCCUACCUCGGCUCGAUUCCCAAACAGAAUCCGUCGAAAGAAGUGAAUCGCGUCUCGUUCCGAGGCUGCAUGAAAAAGGUGAAGUUCGACGUGGACGCCACGCGAGUUCUCUUCGUGAACCUCGCCGAUCAGAGCUACGGCGGAAGCGUGGUGAAGACCGGUGGAGAUCUUUCCUACUCGUGCAAGAACCCUUCACAACGAUCUGAUGUGUUGGCGUUCACCGACACUUCGUCGUAUCUCGAGCUGCCGCGAUGGAACAGUCUGUCGAGCGGCAGUUUGUGUGAGUUCUCAGGCCGGAGUUCUCUCAAAAUUCGCUACCAGUUUUCAGCAUUCCACUUCCGAACAACCUUUCCCGACGGCCUCAUCCUCUACCACGGCGUCAUGCAGCACAAUGCGACCGACUACGUGGCAUUCGAGCUAAUCGACAGUCAUCUGUUUCUGGUCAUUAACUUGGGCUCGGGCGUCGUUCGUCUUCAGACCACCGCCCGAAAAGUGAACGAUGGAGAGUGGCAUCAUGUCCAGUUGGACCGACUUUCGAGGACCGGAAGUGUGAUCGUGGACGCCAUCAAGAUCGACUUCAGCACGCCCGGAGUCUCUGCCAACCUCAUCAUCGACGAUCCGAUCUACAUCGGAAACGUGCCCAACAACUCUCUGAUCUAUCCGCCCUCAGUCUGGUCUAUAUCUCUUCAAAAAGGGUACAUCGGAUGCAUCAAGAACAUUCGAUUGAACGGCGUCUCCGCAAAGAUUGCCCAGCAGUUCGAGAGCUCCAACUCGACCGGAAUUGAGCUCGGAUGUGCGUUAUCGAACGAGCUCGACAUUUGCGAGCCGAAUCCGUGUCAAAACUUUGGAAAGUGCACUAAAAACUUGAAUUCAUUCGAGUGUGACUGCUCGAAUACCAACUUUGAGGGCAAGCGAUGUGAGAUUGGUGAGUUCAAAGAGUAAAUGCGAUGGAGUGUAAUCGAAAUUGAAUUCAAUUGAAUUGCAGAGCAGACGGCCGUCGAGGUGGACGGAGAAGAGCCGAAAGUGCACGUGUUGGCGCACACGAAAAUGUCACAAGCGGAGCACAUUCAGAUCAGAUUUCGAGUACGUGGGGGAGGAAUGAAAAGAAGAGGACAUUAACAGUUUCAGACAUCCUCGACACGUGGCGUUCUGUUCGAUACGGGAGCGAACGGGAAGAACGAUAAGAUUACUGUGUUUCUGAAUGAUAGUCUGCUUCAAUUGUUCAUUCAGGAUGCGUCCGCGAACAAUGUAAGAACAAGUUUUGGCCAACUUGAACUCUAACCGUUUUCAGACCUUCUCCUGGGGAAAAUCGCUGUCCGACAAUCAUUGGCACGAACUUCAAGUCCGUCGACUCGGCCAGAAGCUCCUCCUUUACCUGGACGGAUUCUGGAGCCACAGUAUCUACCUGCAGAAUCCGGUGUCCGUGGAGAUUGACGAGGUCGGCGUCGCCUUCUCGGUACACCCAUCGGCGCCUCCGCCCAGAGACGAACACUUCAAAGGAUUCCUGUCAAAGUUGACGUUCAAUGGAAACGAUUAUCUGCUAAAGAGCAAACGGAACAGCGCGCUGCUCGGCAAGUCGUCGAGCCGCGAGAGCAAGGGACAGCGGAAUGUGAAAACGCGCAUCGCCUCGAUAUCAUUCACCAACUCGACGGGUUACGUCGCCUUCGCUAGCGACAAGAUAUCAUCACUGACCGGCGCUUUUCGGGUACAAUUCAAAUUUCAAACGCUCAUGCGCUCCGCCCUUCUCUUCUUCACCCUCCCCAAACACGACUACGAUCAGUCGUUCCGUCUGCAAAUCGUCAACGGACGCCUCAAGUACACUUUUCGAAUAUCCGGUCAAGAUUUCCACACAACCUCACCGAAACUGCCCUACCGACAACAUUUAAGCGAUAUGCGGUGGCACAAUGUGCUCAUUUAUCAAGACGAGAAGAGCCGCGAUCACGUGCUCCUUAUCGACAACUCGACGACGACGCUAAGUGUGGAGAAGGUGAAAAAGGUGGAGAGCAAGAUGGUCGGGAAACUGUACUUUGGAAGCAAUCCGCUGGGCGUUUCACGGCCGUCGAACGGAUAUCGUGGAUGCAUCGCGUCGUUGAGAAUCAAUGAGAACGCGCUGGAUUUGUACGAGGACGCGGAUAGCCGAUCGAACGUGAACAGAGGCUGUAGUGGUGAGUGAUGAUCAGGACAUUACAGGAUAUUUAUACCAUUGAAUAGAGCGAAAAAAGUUACAUGAGCUUGUAGUACAUCAUUUUUCUCAAAAAUCUCAUCUAGGGCCUGAUCUGGAGCCUCAACUACUGUACUCCUGUGUAACGCUCUAUCUCAUGAUAUAAAUAUCUGACACACUUAUUUUUAGUGACAGGCGGUCUUUAACUGUACACCAAAUGUAGUCAUGAGGAGCAUUAAAUUUUAGAAUCAGAAUUCGUUCCGUCUCUUCUUCCCUCUCACCCUGUCCAUCGAAUCCGUCACUCCGGUAUCCCUGUUCCCUUCUACACUUCUUUGCUCUAUCGCUUUUCAACUUUCUGCCACUCUUCUCAUUCUGUUCGAACACCUUUUCAGUUGAAAAUCUCUCAAUGUGCUCAAAAAGUGAACAAGAGUGUUCAGGUCCGAUCGCCCGAUGCGUGGAAGAUGCGUGCGCCAACCAGGGAAGGUGUAUUCAGCUGUGGAGCUCGAUUCGUUGCGACUGCAGUCUGACUGCUCAUUCUGGAGAUCGGUGUCAGAAUCGUAAGUUCAAUAGGGAAACUUGAAAUUCGAUUUUAUCUUCAGCCUCCACGACAGUCCGUUUCGACGGCACUCCCUCGGCGAUCUUCUACGAGUACGCGCCCAACGAAAGACCCACAUCCACCAAGGACUAUUUUGUGUUCUCGUUCCGAACGACGCAGCCGAACGGCGUCCUGAUCGCCAUCGAAUGCGCCGCCGACCAGGACUACUUCACGGUCUUCCUCAACAAAGGCUAUCUCAACGCGCACUACAACCUGGGCAAUCGCGAUCACAAAGUCGGCUAUCACACGCGAACGCUGAACGACGGCUUCCCGCACGUCAUCAAAAUCUCGAGGAACGAGGCGAACAUGACGAUUCAAGUGGACCGACUGCCCGCGUUGAGGUACCGACCGAAACGGGCCACCGACUUGGUCCUUCUCAACAUGCAGACGCGCAUUUCUAUCGGAGCCGCGUUCAACACUCGCCAUUUGGAGGAGCGGAGGUGAGAGUUUUGUUGGCAAGAAUACGCCUAAUAAGUGCUAUUUUUCAGAUUGCGUCACCGCAGAAGCGCAGAGAUCUUCGACUCGUACCAGGGCGAGGUUUCUGGUGUCAACGUCAAUGGACUCAUGAUUUUGGAUCUCUACGAGAAUGGCGAGUUGCUUCUCCUCCUCCGCUUCCCCCACACAUUUGAAUACAAAUUAGAUGGCAUUUCCGUUCAUCUAAUUGAUGCUUUUGAGAAAAUAGAGAAAGAGAAUCGGAAAACAUUAUCAAAUAUUCUCCAUUCUAUUGGAAUCUCAAAGUCUAUGUUUUUGUUUUUCGCUUCUCCACGAACGAAUUUUCAUCGAAUAGUAAAAAACGCGCUCCGCUGCACGCAUUUUCCUAAUUUUGCUUGAAAGUUCAUCAAAAAUGCUCGUUCCAAAAUCGUACUCAGGAUACAUUUCCAAAUGGUUUCGGUGCAAGUGAUCGCUGGUUCAAGUACCACCUGCCCAGACAGACUACUCUGAAAGUGGCCAAAUUAUAAGCUUCUCUUUCAUUCCGACCGUGAGCUGAGCAAAAGGAAACGAGAAGCUCUUCCCUUUCUUCAUCCCUCUUUUUGGCAAACGAGGGAAACUAAUCUCGCGCGUCCCAUUUUUCUUCUUCUCGCCCGUCCGUGCGUUCCCCUUCCAUCUAAUCCUCCCCACGUUUUGGCGCGACGCUCCUCGUUUCGCCUUCAUUUUGUGUCGCUUUUUACUUUUAGGAGAGGAGGAAGGAGGAGAUCCCAUGUAUUAAUAUUAAUGUGCCAAAGUGCUGAGGUUUGUGGCAAAAGGGCGGAAAAGCCGAGAAAGGGGCGGCCUUCUCUCUCUCUCUUCCACUCGACUCUUCUCCUUUUCCUGCUUGCUCUCUCUCUCUCUCUCUGGCUCUCAACGACUUCUUCUUCUCAAUUAUUCACGAGGAAAGUGGUCAGUCAGAGCAGUCCCCCCCAGCCCGUCGUCGAGACCUGAUCGUAGUUCACACUCACCAUCGCCACUUCUCGUGUGGCAUCAUUUUCAAUUGGGGUGGAAAUCUUUCCAUUCCUCAAGGAAUAGGAUUCUUUUGUGAUGGCAGGAGUCAUAUUUCAUCAGCGAAUGUCGUCGUGAAAAAUUGUCCGUUUCCUUCAGAAUCUAUAUGUAUAUAUAUUCGUUUUUCACAGCCGCAUCGCCCCCACAGCUUGAUGACGUGAAAAAUACAUGAGGUGUGAGAACUCUCGCCGCCUUCGCCGGCCGCCUGUCCGGAUCAAAGUUUUUUUUGCGUUUGACUACCACAGUUUGCUCAUUUUGCAACUUUGAAAUGAAACAUUUUGUGAUGAAGUGAUCGAUUAUUAAGAUUCUUUUGAAAUUUGGCCUAACUAUAAUUCAUAUGAGACUCCAAAUCAGAUGAAUAUUUUAAAGUUAUAUUCUACAGUGCUAACAUUGCACAUGAAAUUCUGAGUUGCAAACAAAAGAGCUGAGAACUCCGCCCACUUCUUCUCCAUCCCAGUUCCAACCGAAUGCAAAUGAUAUCUGGGCUCUUUCCACUCCUUUUUUUGUCUCCGUCUCCAUCAUUCGCACCUUCUCCUACUACUACUGCUACUACUUUGCAAAAGCUUUUUCUAGGACGAAGAGGGCUGUGUGAAAGAGCACGUGAUUAGCUGGAGACCCUUAUAUCUUCUUUUUCAAGCCCAAAUUCCAUUCCGCUUGAUAUGGCGCUUGUUGACCUCUACCUCGUCAUUCUAUUCUUAGAAGUUGAUCUAAUAAGUCUCUCGUAUGCUUUUAUGUUUUCUGGAGAGCCAUAAAAUUUAUAUGUUGGCCUUGAAAAAGAGGAGAAGAAGGCAGGCAGGAGGAAAGAGGAAAGAAACCCAAUUUGUUUCAAAGCACAUACAACUCGAUACGCCAUCGCUUUCCCCUUUCCUUUUUCUGUCCGUCCGUCGUUUUUUUUUUUGCUGCUCCAUGUGAAGCCUACGAAUUCGUGUCGGAUUCGCUCCCGCUCUUCAGCAGUAAAGACGACGGGCGGGGAACAUAAAAAUGUUCAUAAAUGAAUGUUGAAGUAUGGGCACACACGGCUCACGCUCGUCUCCUUCUUCCCCUCCUUUUUUCCUCUUCUUCUUCUCCUUGUUUUCCAUUCAAACCUGUCAUUUUCAGUCACAAACUAUACAAUUAUAAUCAUUCUUUCAGGCUCCAACCGUAUCCACACAAUCGGCUCGGCCCAAACGACAGCCGUAUCUGAGCCAGCGAGCAGCAGCAAUUCAGCCGAAGACGACGAGCUCGCCGAAAUAAUGAUGGCUCAUUCGUUCGAGGAGGUCAGUUAGUACUUCUGAAUUAUUGAGAUGGCCGGAAGUCUUUACACGAGACGAUGGCGUUGAGUAUCAUUUGAGCACUAGCGAGCGUUACUCAUUUCUACGGAUGAGUCAGUCAGAUUCUGAUUCAGACAGCAGGGGACGGCGAGUGAAUAACAAAUGUGUAUGUAGCGAAGAAAAUUUGAAAAAAAGGAUCCGUUAGGUACACAAUAGAGCUUUUCAAAACUUCAAAAGCUCAGAGAGCAGUCUUAGUCAGCUUCUAUUUCUUAUCCAGCACAGUUAUCCUCAUACUUGUGAUUUCUUGGAAUUUUUAUCGAAUUUAUUGUUAUCCGAUAGAAAAUGGCUUAUCUGUGUCAUUUUGCCGAAAACUUGAUAAAACACCAUUUGAAUUUGGUUUUCCUGACCCUCGUAUGCGUUGUGAAAACGAAAAUGUGAAGUGCAUUAUCGUCACCUAGAAGAAAAGCACUUUUGCACAGAAAGAAAGAAAGGAGAGGAAGAAGAAGGCGGCACUUGAUGAAUCACUUGCACUAAUGUAAUUGUGGUCUCCUCUUCUACACUUCUACUUUCCCGGCAAUUUCUUUUUUUUUCUCUCCACGUGAAUCUCAGAGCUUUUAGACACUCUUUUGAAUGGCCACGACCACCCGUCGCGUUCUGUGUUCUGUUCUGUUUCAAGAAUAUUCAAAUGUUUUGGGGAGGCUGUCGCCACUCUUUUGUCUGUUUAUCGACGGCUUCUUCUUCUCCUUCGUCUUCGGCUCCUCCACCCACUACUACUACUACUACCAAUAAAGCUUCUUAGCCGCCUUUUCUCCCCCCAAACUAAUUAGUAAUCUACAGAAAAUGACACACAUACCCUCCCCGCGCGUCUCUUUUAAUACUCAUCUCCUCAAUUUUUUGCGCUCCGCAUAACCUUCGGUCCAAAACCUCAAGGGGAAAAAGUGUUUCUAUCCCACAGGCUGUGUGUCAUUAGGAGAGAUAGUUUCUUGGUCGUUUAAGCAUACGAGAAAAGAGAAAAGUGCCUGGAGCUAGGAUUUUUUCGAAAAGAGAAAAAUCCAGUGCGUAUGCAUUUCCGAGAAGAGCGGCGACACGCCAUCGAAGGCGCGAGAUUCUGAAGAAUUGAGGCACAUUCUGUCAGCUGACAUGUUUAUUUGACACAUCUUUAUUCCAGUUCUUCUCGAAUGCGCUCCCGCACUUUUGACGAAUCCGUCAACUCUGUCACUUUUCUAGCGCUUCUAGACUCUGAGAGCUUUCAAAUAUUUUACUGCAACAUGUUGUUGCUGGAACAUUUCCGAACAUGCGCUCUGUUGGAACUCUGACAAACGAAAUCUUUCGGUCGUCAAAUUUUGCACUUUUUAAGGAUAUUGCGGGAAGUCUGGCACAUUAUCCGCACACACAGUCACGUAAAAAUGCUCCGAAUCGCAAAGCUCGUAAAGCACAAAAAAGCAUCGCUAUGCAGUCAAAUAGUCUGAUUUUUCGACAGGAAAUUCAAAUAGUUUUUGCGCUGAUACACCGUGGAGCACGCUUGCUCAUCCCGUGCAUUGUCUAACUUUUUCUUUUUCAAUCGAACAGUUGCAGAACCCCAACGAAGCGCUCAUCGAGUCGCUGGCGCCCAGCUGUGUGAGCCUCGAGGAGCAACAGACGUGCUUCAUCGACACCGACGACUCGAUAGGUCAGUCCAUCCCUUUUCUUCCCUUUUCCACCAUCCACGGACCCUUCUCAACACCACUCUGUGUUCUGGUUCUUCUCUCCAGAGAAGUGGCCAGAAAUGGCCCGAUUCCUCAUGGGAGCCAUGCGACCAUAACUUUUUGCCGAAACGAAACGAAACGCUUUUGUCUCUAGUGGUAAAGCUCAUCAAUCUUCGCCCUAGUGGCAAUUAAUUUUCUUUUUUUUUCGCUGCUCCUUGUUUAUCUAGGAGCGUUUCUUACUUUUAUCCGUUCUAGACUCCCGCACCAGCAGCAGUAGCAGCACAAAUCAUUUAUUUACGAGACAUUUCGAACCUUUCGGAUUUAUUUCCGCCUCGCUACUGACCGUCUAAAGAAGCCCUCCUUCUCGAGAGUCGGGCUUCGUUCGAAAAUAGGAAAUGUAUAUACACACGCCGGAUUAUCCCCACUCGUUGUCACGUCACGUUCAAUCUCGUCUUCUUCACGCGCACCGUUCAUUUACUCGCCUCAAGAAAUUCGCGGGGCGGUGUGAAAUUGUGCGCGCAAAAUUGUCGCCGGCCCCCCUAUUAUUUCAAAGAGCGGAAGCGAGUGUGUGCCGCCGCUUCAGCUGGACAAAUCAUGAUGAAAAGGUGUGAAAACGAUGAAAAAUUGCCAGUUUACGUCUUCGCCGCCGUCUUUCCUAACGCUUCUUGUGCAAAAAGACCACUUUUUUAUGCUUGACCUGUUGUCAUUGUCUUGCGCGCGCGCCGCCCGCACAGAGAUGAUUUCAUUCUGGAUUCAUGGAGCUCAAAGAUCUAGGUUCACAAAAUCAGCAUGAUAGUAUUCGACAACCUCAGUUCUGAUCCGCUCUCAGGGAUCUGUUUGUCCAGAAGAUCUUUUUUCAGGGCCUGCCGAGGCCUAACCUUUGACCCAGAUCGUAUCCUAACUUUGCACGCUUUCUGGACUUAGAUUGAAGUAUCUUGGGGCCAAGUUUCAGACCGAGCGGAUCAUCUGGUCCGGAGAUAUACUGGCUUGAAGCCGAAAGGAGCAAUUUUCACGAAAUUUGACAUAUCUCGGGACAGGAUAAUCAAAUCGGUCUGAAACUUGGACCCAAGAUAUUUCGAUCCAAGUAUUGAAAGCCUGCAAUUGUUGGGCCCGAUCGGAGAAUUGCAAAUGAGUCAAAAGCUCAGGCUUCUUACUUUUGUACCUUAUCUCCUGGACCACAAGUACGGCGCCUUUCUUCCUAUUGAAAUAUGAAUAUAAAAUGGAUAGAUUGUGCUGAAACAUGACCCCCUCGGGGCGACUCUCUGUGCUGUGACCCCCCUCAUUUUCCAAAGUGCUUCACCGCACUUUUUGUUUGACCCUCUCUCUCUUCCUUUUCAUCCUUCCACAUAGAUGUAUAGCCGUUUGUAGGUGUCCAAAUUAGUUUAUGAGAUGCUCCAUGCUUCUUCUCUCCCGGCUCUCAAUAGUAGAAGGAUUGGAUAAUCCGCGCGCCUUCCAUUCAUCGCGAGAAUCUGGUCAAAGUGCAUCCUUUUCUUUCAUAUAUUACACAGCGGAAAUCUCCUUCGAAAUGUUCGUCUCCAAAAUUUCAAAAUUCGGACAUGAAUGAUGGAUUAGACAUGUGGAAACACAAGGCUCCUCCUCAUCAUAUUCGGUUCGCUUUUUAUGCUAAUUUCAUUUCGAAACAUCGAGAUUGCUCCACUCCGAUUUGCACGCACUUCUCCCGAAAGAACGUCUUCUUCGGUGCAGCGUCGACUCAACUUUUGCUUACCUUUGUGAAUUAUUCAAACACUUCGUCGUCGUCGUUUCUCCCCUUCCCCAAUUCAUUCAUUUGCCAUAAAACUCACUUUCCGCGACGACUUUUUGUCCUUAUUCUUCUUCGCGAAGCCUCUAAAACUAAAGGGGGUGGGAUCGAGUGAGCGCUCCCCGGGGAACGAUAUACGGCCAAAAAGUGGAGAAGAGAGGCGCUCGGAGCAAGCUCAAACUGACCCAGAUAUGAGAAGCAGGAGGAGACGUGUUUCCGGUCCCGGUUAUCCGGAGAGCAUCUAGAGCAUCGUGUCUUACUUUUUUCCCGUUUUGAGAUGAUACUCCUACUAGGCUAAUCCGCGCCAAACUCUGUCAAGUACUCGAGAAAGUUGUGUACUAUAAAGAUGUCUAUUAUGGCGCAUUUCACUUCAAUCGCGCUCUGUUGAGAAAUUAUUUUUGCAGUAGAAAAUGCAAUGACCUUUCAAGCAGAACAACUUUGUAAUUGAUCAAUUUGGUUCAAUUUUCGCCAUUUUUGAGAUAUGCCACCUGAAUUCGUGGAAACCAGACUCGCUAGAUUAUAUAACGUCUGACGAAGGCAGACGAGUACUGUUAGGACUUCUGGAGUAUUGUAGAGUUCUCGGUACAAACAAGUAGUACAAGUUAUCUUGCCCAGACGACGUCCUGUCCUAACAGUACUCAUCUGCCUUCGUCACGCGUUAUAUUUUCAGUCGUCCAUAUCACCACAAUCCCCCUUUUCAUUCGAUUCCAUCUAUUGUCGGGCCUCGAUUCGUCUCCUAAUCCCACAUCUCCUCUACUGCCCUAUCAGUUGUUUUUCGAAAUUGGCUUUGCAAGAAGGCAAGAAACCGGAGAAUAAGAAGAAGAAGACGUCGGACGGCGCAGAAAUCAAAUAAGAAGUGUCGUCGUCUUCUCGCGCUUUCUUUAAUUAUGUGUCGUCGUUUUCGUGUGUGCCGCCGAAGAAAUUUGUAAAGAGAGUAGAGGGAUGCCGAAAAAGCGGAAAGGACGCGUCAAAAAUUUCGCGCCGUCAUCCGAUUCCCCCAAGACCUUCCGCGGAUCGUCUUCUUCUUCAUUUGCAUUAACAAGUUCGUGUCCUCCGCCUCCUACUUUUUACCUUCAAAGUUUUGUACCAAAUCUAUUUUGUGCCCAUUCCCGCAAGGAAGUUUUGUUAUUCCUAUAAAUAGUAAUAACAACAAUGAAAGGUGCAUUUGCUUUUUGGCUUUCUCGGCUGCUCCGCCACUUGAACACCUCUUUUUUUGCGCGGCCUCUAGUAGCUGAAAUGCUCAAAAAGCCGGCUGUUUACUUUUAAGAUCCAAUUAGUUUUUUCUCGUCUCCAAUAUCGUCUCCGAUUUCGUUUUCUCCUCACGUCAUCCGAUACUUUUCUCACACCUCUUCCAAUGCUUCCUAGGCUUCCAUGGUAUUCAUUGAUCAUUUACGUGGCGGUGCUCCUCCUGUGGCCACCACCACCGUCUCUCCCAUUCUGUGCCUGAUGAACUGGAACGACGAGCAGUGUCGCCAGUUCAAACAGUACAUUCCGAAGUUUGCGUCGAACUUUGACGCGGCUCCUUCGCGAAACGUCGCUCCCAAACUGCCCGCCUAUGACGACGAUUAUGAGGAGAAGGAGCACGGAAUCGCCGAUCGCAGCAUGACGGAUGUGUCCGCGGAGACCACCGCUGGUAGGCCGGGAGAAGUGGUGUUGAGAGGGUGUCCCGGGGAUCUCUAACGGACUUUGAUAGACUCGGAAAACCUCUGUAACUUUUGCGCAAACUUUAUGCAACUUUUGUGCAGCUUACUAGAGGGAGUUGCGUAUUUUGCGCGAAAGUUACAGAGAUUUGCCAAGUAUGUGUGAUGAAGCUAAAUUUCAGGAUUCUUCUCGCCGGUUCUGCCCACUGUUGCCGACGUUCAAGCGAGUUCGCGUCAAAGUGAACGUGAGUUGAAAAACAAGCUUGGAAAUCUGAAAUCUGGUGGCAAGCUUUGCUUCGCCUCUAUUCCUCUCAGAAAACGUACUGAGCAUAUGCUUCAUGGCUUAUUGGUGCGCCGAUCUACCAGAUUUGUAGACCGCGUAUCAUAAAAAAGCAAAACGCCGCUCUCUGAUUGCCGUUCUUUCACUCUUUCUCUCAUUUUAAAACCAUCCAGCCUAGCUACUAAUCCAACUAACUCUGUUCUCGGCGUGAAAACUCAGUUCCAGCCUCGGCGGCGACGUCCUCUUCUUCUUCUUCUUCUCCUAAAAUGACUACUACUACCACCACUUUGCCUGUUUUCUUUUUGUCACAAAUCACCGACGGCGACGCGUCGGACGACGAGUUCGACGGCUCUGGCGACGAUAUGUUCGGAAUCACACCCGCCACGAAGCCCUCCGCCGUCAAGAGCACUACUCCGCUCGCAAAAGUACUAACAACAAGCACUUCCGCACCUCCACCACCACCAACAUCAGUCACGGUCCUUCCGCGGCCGUACGAGAGCGUCAGAGAGGCGGCCGAGCAGAAUCCGGACUAUCUGGGCUCGAGCAUCUGGAAUCAGGUCGACACUUUGCCUGAACCUAUGGUCACAGGUCCCGCGUGGCGGACCAACAAGUCGGUGACGACGACGGCGUCGACGCAGACGCAGACAAAAACGACAACGCCGAAGAAGAGCCGGAAGACAACGACGACGACGACUACAGCCACGACGACGACGACGAUUCGCUUCCAGCAACGACAAUCUUACGGUGAGAACCACACUCUCUCCGCUUGCCGUGUCCUUCCUUCUUUCCCCAUCUCAGCGUCGUCAUCGUCGUCAGAAGCUUUUUCGUGUCAUGCUUUUUUUAAUUUCUGGCCCCGUCCUACUCACUGUCUAACCGUCCGUCUCCUCCUACGUUCCUUUACUAUUUGUGUGAAUGAGCCUGCUCUUUUCUUCCCUUUUUUUUUGAAAUGCCUAUUUCUCUGAUUAUAGCGCAUUUCCAUCAUCAUUCGAAAAAAAAUUGCAAGACAAGUUUCCAUGUCAAAAAGAAAAGUAAGAUCUUUUGAGAGUUACACCGUGCAAAAACCAAUAGGGUCGGUUUUUCAGCUGAGAAAUGGCUUCGAGCUACAAAAUGUGUCUAGAUUUCCGAUGCAUUAGUUAGUAAUAAUACGAAUAAUAAUCCUACAAGAGAGAACGAAUUUUGGCGGAUUAACGCCGGCCGGUUCCCCAUCCGAACAACAAUACUCGUUGUGCUACCCAUGAAAACGAAAAUCUCGCUCAUACAAACCACAUCGCUCCUCGUUCGAUUCCUGGUGUUUGCCGAGCCCAUUCCCUCUCAUUAUUACUCUCCUCCAUUUUUUUUUGACGAUGUCCACCCCAAAAAACCCAUACAAAAAGGCAGGUGAUGCGUGAUAAAAGCCGGCCCAAUUACUUGGUCCUCGCUCCUCUCUUUCGUCGUCCUCGUCGUCGCUCUUUUCGUUUUUUUUUUCUAUGAAUCCAUCAAUGUCGUCAAAAAGAGAGAGAGAGAGAGAGAGAGAGAGAGAGAUAUCUUUUCGUAAACUAUUCAUAAUUCAUCAUGAAACGGCCUCUCUCAAGCAUGUUAUUGAGAUGAUGAUGCUCCUAAUCCCAUUGGCCGAAGUCGAAGCCGACCGACCGACCGACCGACCGACAAACGAUCGGAAAUGUGCAAACAUUUAUGCUAAUGGUUUUGAGGAGCGUCGUCCGAGAAUCAUCCACAAAUCGGAGCGCGCGCCGCCCCAUUUUCUCCGUUUUUCCUCCUUUUAUCCAUUAUGUGAAAAUCUCAUUUCCCGCCAUGGCUUCGCAUCCGGCCCUGCCCGUUUUACCUCCCGCUAGAAUAUUCUGUGUGUGUGUGUGCCUCGGCUUUCGGUUUUUUCUCACACAGCCGUGUAGUCCUGGCAACCGAGAGCAGCUGAAGAAGUUGGAAGGCAGAAGCUAGAAGCUAGAAGCCGUUGCUCACGCCCAGCCAAAUGUGUUGGGCGCAAUUAGCCAAAUGAGCAGUGGCAUGUGAUGGUUGCUGCUCCUCCCACAUUUUCUUUUUCUUUCCUGUUUCCCCCCUUCCUCUCUCUCUCUCUCUCUCCCCUCGCUUGUUAUUGACCAUGUGUGAGUAUACCUUUUGUCCUUUCUUUUGCACUUCACUCACAUCCGAGUCCAAGUCAAAUCCAAUCAGUUCGGCUUUCUGUGCGUGUGUUUCCCUUUGAUUCGAUUCAACCCCGGGCGGUCCAGUUAUAUACAGCCUUAUAAAUGAAUAUAAGCGUUUUGAUCUUUCAGACAUUGACAACGAGAUAACCGCUCUGAUCACCAGCAGUUUGGCUCCUCCUCCGCCGCAGCCAACGAAGACGCGCUCAAAGUCCACUCCGCAUUUUACAGUCUAUCCGGUGAGGCCGACGACGCCUAUGGGAGACACAAUCACGACGACUAUGCAGGUAAAUUGGACACACUUAUUUCAUGAUCCUAUCUUGGUACUUCAUGUACUCGGUAAGUGUAAGCAACUUUUGAGCCGAACUUCAUGAACUUUUGCGCAAGCCACUGUAUCAGAAUGGUAUUUCAAUACCAUUCAGUCAUAACAGUAUAACUGAACUACCGGUAGAGAUAUCAAACAGUUGUCAACUGAUAAAUUGUUUAUUAGCUUAUUGUGAACAUUUAAUGAGUUGCCUACUUUUUGAAAUCUCUAGCGGUGAUUGAUAUUCAAGUUCAAAUGAUCUCAACAGACGGAAGCUCUUAAGUAUAAUAGCCACUAUUAAGUCGAAAGUUUAGUCCUAGAAAGCUAAAAACCUUUUAUUUCAGGCGGCCACAGUUUCCGAUUUCCCGCGCACUCCGCUCAUAAUGUGCUCGAGUCUGGCGGUCAUUAUCGCCAUCGCCGCCGUCGUUUUCUUUGUGUUCAAAUGCCGUCAGAACCCGCCGAACUCGGAGCACUACACUAUGGUAAUCCAUAUUUCUUGUCGUCUAUUGGAAUCUGAUUUGCAGGCAAUGAAAACACAAUCGGGCUACACUGCGAUCGCGCCGGAACUCUCCCCUCCGAUGAACCACGAUCGGAGCAACGACUCGUGCACUCAGCCGUUGCUCGCCAAACCUCACGUGAGUCACCCUUCCUGUCUUUACUAAUCGCUCGCUACUUUCUCAUUUUAGAUCAACGGAAAUGGUUAUGAGCCGCUGAAAGGCGCCGUAAUAGCGAACGGAAACGGCGGCGUGGGGACGGGCGGCGCCGCGACUCUGAUGCGUAACGGAAACGGGAACGGCGUGGCGAAGAAGAAGGACUUCAAGGAGUGGUACGUAUGAGUUGCCACUCCCGCCGCCACACCACCAAUUUGUACACAGGUCUCACACUUCUGAUAUCACUUUUUAUUUUGCCUCUUCCCCUUCCUCUAGGUACUCUCCCUCUUCUCAAGUCUUUCCUUCGACCCCUACUUUUACACUUUAUUAUUUCCUCCUCAACACCUAAUAAAAUGUUCAUAUUCAUUUGAAUUCAAUUCGAACAACAAAGAUUCGUCGCCGGGAGAAAGUCCGAAUUCAGAACGAGAUCGAAGAUCGACGAUAAGGAUGCAUAAUGAACGGAAUAAUAAUAAUAAUAAUAACAAAAGAUGGUUCGGUUCGAUACGCGAGAGGACCGUCGCCCUUCUUUCCACACCAUCUUCUUUUCGAACGAUGUUCCGCCGUGCGUGGGCGUGCUUAUUCUUUCUGCUCCUCGCUGAGCUCAAGCUCACUCUCGCCUGCAUCGAUGUCCUGUUUGUGAUUGACAAUAAAACGUUGGAGGUACCUACUACAAUGAGUUGGCAACUUUUCUCCACUGUCUCGGCACACAUCUGUCUGUAACUGUUGCGCAAAACAUUCGCGAGGUUUGCCGAGUUAAUAGAGUACAACUGUCUUCAAGAGAGUUGUACAGAAACGUUGUAAACUUGCACAUAUUGUGAGGCAACACCUUUUCGAUGGAUCCAAUAUUGUAGGUGUCGAGAAGUCGAGCCAUUCAAGUGGCGAGACAACUUCCCGAAGAUCAAAAGAUUCGCAAAUGGGUCGUUCUUUCCAGAGAAGACCGAUAUGUUCCGAGAGUGGUUAGGGUCAGUUAUAGCUUUGUAUAUUUCAAGUGGAAAUUUCGCAUUUGGUAGAACAACGGCGAACUGCAAUCGGUGCUGAGCACGAUUCACGGCGACUAUGACCGCUUUUUGGAGAUUGCCACUGGUGAAAUUGCGAGACGAACUGCUAGUGAGUACACGUUUUGAGGAUCACACAGUAACGAAAACGUUUAGCGUUCCAACCAUUUGUAAUUCUGCUCUUCUCGGAGACUCCUGUCAACCAGACAAUGAGCAAUAUGUGGAGAAAAAUGUCUCUGGCGCCGGCGCUUCAUAUCUACCGAAUCGGAAGUUUGCAGAAGAAGCAGUAGGCUCAGUCACCGCCUUCUUUUUGCCUUGAUACACCUGUUUUCCAGAAAGAUGCUCUCCGAAGAUCAAGAAACCGAUUUCGAGAAGCUGAUCCUUUGCGGCCGAAACCAAACAAACCCAUUCGACACACAAUCCAGCAAAUUCAGCGGGGGAAAUGAGAUUCGGCGAGCACCGACGGCCACUUCAACGCACCGCCCGUUGACUUCCACUCGAGACCCAUUCGUCCGUCGGCUCACAUUCUACGACGCCUCCCGAACACUUUUGGAGGAGAAGCCGACGGAGAAAGAGAAGGAGAAGAAGAAGACGACACAAAACACAAAGUACACUAUAACGAGGACAUUCAAGAAGAUGACGACGAGGCCGAUGAGCACGACGACGACGAGAAGGCCUUCCACUGCGAAAACCAACGGAAAUGCAAAGUUUGAUAGCAAAAAGUUUUCGCCAACCACCAGGUCUGAAUGAUUGUACCUAAUGGAUAAGAACGUGCUAAUUUCAGAAGUCCAUUCAUUUUGUUCAAGACGGCCGAAGGACCAGAAGCCGCGAGCAGAUGGUUUGCCAAUCCGAGGUCCGUUCGCUUUCAGCUUUCCUCAACAAUCGGACCACAUUUCAGUCCUCCCUUCCAUCCUGCCACUUCCAGACGCUUCGAGACGUCGACAAGACCCACAAGGUUCUGAAAUGCAUCCAUUAACCACGGAGUUUGUACUAAUAUAUCAUCUAGCAAUUGUAAUUGGUUGUUGUCUAAUAUAUGAACUUUCCUAAUAAUACCUUUUUGUUGUUUUUUGUUGUUCUCAAAGGAGUAGAAGCCAGAAUACAAGAUUAGAGUAAAAAGUGCUUGAAGUAGUCGUUUUUCAGUUUCUCACAAGCGUUUUCUUUGCAAUUAACCGUAUAACUUGCCAGGAAGUUUUCCAAUUUCAGAACGUCUUCCACAACGAUCAUUACAACACGAAGACUGUCUUCCUCAGCAUUCACAACAAGGUUUUUUGCGAAUUCCUCAAAAACUUCUCAACUUUGAUAUUCCAGAAGACGUUUUCCUACCUCAACUGCAACAAAACGGCCCGAAUCGACAAUAAGAUCUACUACCACCAGGUUUCGUCAACUUUCGACGCGUCUCAGUCUGUUGAAGCAAAACUUUUUAGAACCCCGUCCACAUUCUCUACAAAACGACCGAAAUGGACCACAACUAACAGGUUUUUUGGCUUUCGAAAACUCUGUUUCAAAUGUACAAACAAUUGAAACUUUGGCUCUAUCUGAGCCAUCAGGUUCCAAAGACAAAAAUGCCUUGAACCCGUGACCGUCCUGAUCCUGAUUUUUAUUAUGGAUCCUGCCUUUGAAACCUGAUUACUCAGAUAGAGCCGACACUUUUCAGAGCUUCCUCGACUGCAAAGCUGACAACGAAAACACCACAAUCGACAAAAUCGACUACGACAACAAGGUUUCUUUAGCCUUUUUCUAUAUCUUUUUUGAAACUCUCUCUCUCUAAUGCAACUGUCACAUUGAAACUAUUCAGAACUCCAUCAACUAGACGUCCUCAAUCCCUGAAAUGGACUACGACGACCAGGUAUAAGAUAGUUUCUUUUCGUGUCAACAUUCCAUGCACUUUCUCGGAAAACAUCUGUAACUUUUAAAAGAUUCCUCUCCCAUUUUCAGUACAACCAAAAGACCCGACUCCACUUUCUGGCACACAACUCCUUCGCCGCCACCGCCCUCUACCAUCGAUGUACCGCCGGAGAAGAAAAAGGAGCAGAAUCAAGAGGAGAACGGUGUUGAGGAAUUCCGAACAAGGGAUUUCAAAGUGCGAUCGAGGAGUGUUCAGUUUGCAAUGACCGAGAAGCCUGCGGUCGUGUCCAGCACGAAAGUGAACGUGAUGAGUCUGUUCAGCACCUCAGCGGCUCCUCCGACGACUCCGAAACCGAUAGUUCCACAAAGCUGCAUAGCCGACGUCUAUUUUCUUGUUGAUUUCUCCAAAGGCACUGGCGAUAAGAGUCAACUGUCAGUUGUUUUGGAGUUAAAACUAAACUCCGUGAGAUAUCGCUUCCAGGUACUUGGAUAUUGCUGCGUCUGCGAUCAACGCUCUUCCCAUUUCUCAGGAAGCCGUUCGUGUUGGUCUUAUAAGUUAUUCGGGUCGUGGGAGGACUCAUGUACGGGUGUAUUUGGAUAAACACACCGAUAAGGAUAAACUUAUUGAGUGAGUUGAAGAAAACGUGAGAAGGGAAACGGAAGUAGCAAGAAUGAAAGGUUUUGGAAUAAAAUCACUUACUACAAAGUUGUUUAGCGGCCCCAUGUUUCGAAAUAACUAUUCGUCCUUGAGAUAUACCGUAAAUAUUGUAAUAGAAGGGCACCCCAAUAUUGUCCAUUCAAAUCAAUGUAUCUCCAUUGGCAGCUGAGAUGUAUAGUCUUAAAGAAGAGGUAUUCGGGCGCUCUUCUAUUACAGUAGUUACGGUAGGUCUGAGAAGAAAUGUUCGUGGAAAGAUCUAGAAAAGCAUGUAUAUAACUUCCAGAGAAAUGUUCCUGAUGGAACGUCACGGAGGCACGACACGAACUGCCGACGCCAUCCGCUACGCGACCCAGAUAUUCGGAGGAAGAGCUCAUCCGGCUAGGAGGAACGUGAACAAGGUGUUGGUGGUGUUCACGGACGGAUACUCGCAGGACAACCCGAGAGAAGCGGCGAGAGUGGCUCGUGCUCAGGGGCUGCAGUUGAUUUCCGUGGCGGUCAGGGACAAGUUGGCGCCUCCGGACGAAGCGCAGCUGGCUGAUAUUGGCGGAAGUUCUAUGGUUUGUCCGAGGUACCUUUGGAACCAUUCUAAUAAUUUCAGAACGUCUUCAUCUCGCCAACCGGUCGGGCACUUCGCGAGAGAAUCAUCGGAAGUCAGUGUCGUUUAUAG